GUCUGGCAAAGCGACGAAGAAGAAGCGCUCAUUGAUUUAAUAGAGAAGCGCGUUGUUGCGGUAUUACCGGUAUUAAUACACGCUUGGGUGGUUUUAUAACCAUUUACAAGCUAAUUUACAGAUUGUAUAGGUGUCUGCUGAAGGCGUGUUUGUUUUGGACAAAAUGACAACCCUGUGUUUGCUUUUUAUAAGCUUAGCAAUCGCCUUAAUAACCGCAGAGCCGUUGGUUUAUUUCAGAGAGCAGUUUGAAGACGGGGAUGCUUGGAAAAGCCGGUGGCUGGAAUCCACCCACAAAUCCGAUUAUGGCAAGUUUGUGCUGUCAGCCGGCACAUUUUAUGGCGAUGCAGAGAAAGAUAAGGGCCUUCAGACCAGCCAGGAUGCUCGUUUCUAUGCCAUCUCAUCUCGGUUUGAGGAUUUCAGCAAUAAGGAUCAGCCACUGGUAGUGCAGUUCACAGUGAAACAUGAGCAGAGCAUAGACUGUGGAGGAGGCUACAUUAAGGUUUUCCCAUCAAGCCUCAAGCAAGAGGAAAUGCAUGGAGAGUCCACAUACAAUAUAAUGUUUGGUCCUGAUAUAUGUGGUCCUGGCACCAAAAAAGUUCAUGUCAUCUUCAAUUAUAAGGGCAAGAAUCAUUUGAUCAACAAAGACAUCCGGUGCAAGGAUGAUGAAUACUCCCACCUGUAUACACUCCUCGUUAAUCCAGACAACACAUAUGAGGUGAAGAUUGACAAUAAGAAGGUAGAGUCUGGAUCUCUUGAGGAUGAUUGGGACUUUUUGCCUCCGAAGAAGAUCAGGGAUCCAGAUGCAAAGAAGCCUGACGACUGGGAUGAGCGGGAGAAGAUUGAUGACCCUGACGAUAAAAAGCCAGAGGACUGGGACAAGCCUGAGACCAUCCCUGAUCCUGAUGCCAAAAAGCCUGAUGACUGGGAUGAAGAGAUGGAUGGAGAAUGGGAGCCUCCCAUGGUUACCAACCCUGAGUACAAGGGUGAGUGGAAGCCGAAACAGAUAGACAAUCCUGCCUACAAAGGUAAAUGGGUGCACCCUGAAAUUGACAACCCCGAAUACACUCCUGAUUCUGAGAUCUACAAAUAUAGUAGCAUCGGAGUGAUUGGAUUGGAUCUUUGGCAGGUGAAGUCUGGAACUAUUUUUGACAACUUUCUCAUUACCAAUGACCCAAAACUGGCUGAGGAGGUUGGCAAUGAGACUUGGGGUGCAACAAAGGAUGCCGAAAAAAAGAUGAAGGAUGCUCAGGAGGAGGAAGAGCGAAAGAAACAUGAGGAAGAGGACAAGAAAAGAAGUGAAGAGGCAAAGGAUGAAACAGAUGAAGAUAAAGAUGAGGAGGAGGAAGAGGAGGAGGAAGAUGAUGAGGAGGGAACAGACUCUAAACUUAAGGAUGAGUUGUAGACUUCUCAGUGGAGGAAUAUGGCCUGAACUGUGUUGGACAUUCCUUUGUUUCUCAGCUCAGAAAUUUAACAUGUUCAGUUCUGGUGCUGCAAACAUAUUUAUAACUAAACCAUACUUCAUUCAGCUUCUUCAGCAUAAACAAGUGGUGUUCAGAGGAACUGAUGUAUAAGAGGAAUUGCUCACCUUUUGUAAUGAAUACAGUGAACAUGAUAGUUUGGGGCAAUUGUGCAACAUGGUUAAGAAGACUGUAAAAAAAAAGUGAUGGUACACAACACCUCCAUGAACCACUGCUGUUCAGAUGAACUCACUGUUUUUGUCCUUCAUUUUUAGUGUUUGGUUUUUUUGGGGGACAUUUAGAGGCCUGAUAUUCCAACCGAUUGCUGUUCAUUUUCCAUUCAGCGUGCAAUAGUGUGUGUGUGUGUGUGUGUGAGAGAGAAUUCUUGUUUGUUUGCUUCCAAAUCUAACCUCAAAGAUGAUAAAAUUGCAUUGUUAAUAUUUGA